AUGGAUCUGGACUCGACUUGGCAGGAUUUCGCAGUUGAAUUAGAGACAACUUCUGUUAUGAGAGAUGCGAUUUGGCAAGAUUUGAAGACUAUGGCUGGAGAAGCUAAAACGAAAAGACAAGCAACUUCUUAUUAUGAAAAGGUUGCUGACUCGUAUGCACUUCCACCUUCUUUGGGUGUCGAAGCACGUCCACCAUCGAUAUCUCCAGAAUGCAGUUUGUUUUUUUCCUCAAUGAUUUUUGAAUACUUAACUAAUUCAAUUUUCAGACUGCAACCUACAAAAUAAUUGUCCAGCUGGACCUCCAGGUCCAAAAGGAAAACCAGGACUCAACGGAUUGAUUGGUCAAGAUGGUGCACCCGGUCUACAAGGGCACAAAGCAUCUGAUGUUCAAACUAUGCACAUUGAUCCCGGAUGUUCAUACUGCCCUUCAGGAGAAAUGGGACCACCGGGAACUCCAGGACACCUUGGCCCACGUGGACCACGUGGUCAGAACGGAGCACCAGGAGGACCGGGACACAAUGGGAUGCCUGGGAGAAAUGGAGAACAAGGUGCCGCUGGACCGGAAGGACCUUCUGGUGUUCCAGGAGUUCUUGGACGACGUGGAAUGGAUAGUGUUAGAGAGAAAGGAGUUCGAGGACCUGCGGGGCCGAAAGGUCGAGCUGGUGCUGCUGGAGGAAUUGGUGAACGUGGAAAUCGUGGAGCUCCCGGAGCUGAAGGUCCAGUUGGAAGUAUUGGAAUACGUGGAGAACCAGGAAGACAAGGCCCAGAAGGUAUUCCGGGAGAACAAGGAGAGCCUGGAGUUGAUGGACAAGACGCCUUGGUAAGAAUUUUGUGGUUUUUUUUUGAAAUAUAUUUUAUUUUUUUCAGUAUUGUCCAUGCCCGAAGCGUGUGCCAAGUAACCAAGGAGAAGUAUAUAAACCAUACAAAAGUUAA